UCCUCAAAAUGGCCGUUUCUUCAGUCACUGUUAGCGUCGAGCCAGUGUUAGAAAGUAAAAUUCAAGAAGUAAAGCUUGAUGGACAGGAAAUAUAUGUCCCCCCCUUGUCUAUGUCAGAAAACCUGACCAAACUUGCUCAUAAAAUAGAUUUUUACAAAGAUGAAAGUGAUGAAAAGGGUAAACCUACUUCAGAAGGUGAAAAAGAUGAAGCUGAGGAGAAGGUGCUGACAUCAUUCGAACAGCCGUCAUGGGUAUGGGAUUCAGUUCGAAACAAGUUAAAAGCUGCUUUUACAGAAAUGGCUGUAUUAACUGAUGUGUUGAAUAUUAUUAAAGAGAAACGCUACAUGGUAGCUGACCCAGUUUCACAAGAUCAACCGGACAAUAAACCAUCCGUUCUUUUAUUAGCUAAGAAAAGGGGCUUGGUGUCGGCAGGGUCAGUACUCAUCAGUGGUGCUGAAAGAUUAAAACGAUCCCAUUCAGAACACUCAAAUAGAGCACAAGAUGAUUAUUUUAUUGAGCUGUUAAAAAUACGUCAAAAUUGGAGGUUAAAGAAAGUAGGGGCCUCUAUUCUUGGGGAUCUUACAUAUAAAACUGCUGGAUCUAGAUUUUUUCAAGGAGGUACAUUUGAAGUGACUAAGAUUGUAGAUGAUAAGACAGAUACAAGUACUAGUCAUUCGCGAGGUUCUUUAGAAGUUAUUAUACCUAGUGAAUUAGAGGGGGUAGCUUAUAUACAAGUUGAAGUUAAAUCUGUACCAGAAAUGAUGGAUUUGACAAGUGUAACAUUAAAGAUGCCAGCAGGGUUAGGAGUUAUCAGAUCUGAUGCUUAUUGGCAGAAUAAAUUAGAAGUAGCUCAAAAUGUUCUCUUUUGUAAAGAAUUGUUUGCACAGCUUGCUAGAGAAGCAGUCCAGAUCAAAAGUUCCACACCACAUAUUGUGGUUGGUAAUCAAAUCAUAACAAAUGCUUUUCCUGGUAUUCAACUGUCCAUUGUUCUUUGUCAUUAUACAGGAAAAGAAAAAAAAAUACCACAAGCACCUCAGAAAUUAGAACAUAAUCAUGUAUUAGAACAUUCCUUACACCAAUUAUUACGCGAAGUUCAUUUUAAAAACAUCAACUAUGUAGCACCACAUCCAGUCAAUGCCAUGUUAGGUAUGAGUAAAAGACGCAGACUUGCAGGACCCCAAGGAACCUCACGGAGGGAACUAGUAGAAAUGAAUGUCAGGGAUACAUUAUUAGAACAGAUUAUUAAACAGACAAAACAUGCUGUUCUUAGAUUAAGGACAAUGCAUGUAUUGGAUGAAUUGGCUUUAUGUAUUCAAGAUCCUCAGAUAACAGCACAUUGGAGUUGUUUAAAUAGUUCAUUAGAAUGCAGUGUUCGUAUCAAUAUAACUGCAUAUGGCUAUGAGGCUGUAAGAUCAUCAUUAGUAUUGAUUAUAGAAGUUGAUACGAUACAAGCUAUAUUAAAAGAUAGUCGUACUAUAACUCUAUCAUUUGAAGAUAAAGCUUUACAAGAUUUAAUAUUAUGGCAGAUAUCUCAGCAUCAUAUACAAGUUGUACAGCAGUUAGCCAAGUUCCAUGCAUGGACAGUAGUAUCAACUAAUUUUAACGUAGGUGUUGGUGAUAUAGAUUUAUAUGGUACAGCUGCUUCCUUAAUGAUGGCUUCACCUAAAGGUGAUAAAAUUCUAGCAUUUCGAAGUGGAGCCUAUAACAAAAUCCAGAUGUAUUUAAAAGAGAUAGAUCCUUCCGAGGUUGUUGACACAUCACCAGCAGUAACAAACCCUAAAUGGCAGAAAAUAAUUGGUACAUUUCAAGCUGUAGAUGUAGAAAAAUUACAUGGAAAAACAUUUUCACAGAAAGUUGAUAUGGUGAUGGCGAAACUAACAUCUAUGUCAUGAUAGCCUUUAGGUUGAUUGAGUUCGAGAAUACGUUGCAGGGUCUUUUGUCGCUGUUCAUUUCAAUCAAUCAAACAUGCAAUAAACUAUCUCAUGUCUUCUUCAUGCAUUUAAGUUGUAUCAUGUUGUCACCUUGGGGAUCAUUGCCAAACUGCCAUUGUAUAUAAAUCAAAAUAAAUUCAUUGUAAAUACAUCACAGAAUCAUCUUUGUAUAAAUUACACAUCAUAAUCAUCUUUGUAUAAAAUAUCUCAAGGAA